GUGGGCGCGCCAAUACGUAGGAAAUUCGGCGCGCGAAAGCUGCAGCAGGAAGUGAGAGUGGCUGAAGGGUAACGGCGCACAGACUGGGAUUUGAAUUCAUCAAACUACUUUCAUAAUCUACAAACAUCUUCAUUACAAUGGCAGACCCAAAGGACCAGGAAGAUCAUGAAAGUACUGCAGAUAACGCAGAAGAAUCCAAUCAUGAUCCUCACUAUGAGCCCAUCGUUUCCCUCCCUGAGCAGGAUGUGAAAACAUUAGAAGAAGAUGAGGAGGAACUCUUUAAAAUGCGGGCUAAACUUUAUCGUUUUGCCUCUGAGAACGACCCACCAGAAUGGAAGGAGAGAGGAACAGGUGACAUAAAGCUGCUGAAACACAAAGAGAAGGGCACAAUCCGUGUCUUGAUGAGGAGAGAUCGAACCUUGAAGAUUUGUGCCAAUCAUCAUAUUAUACCUUCGAUGGAGCUGAAGCCCAACGCUGGCAGCGACAGAGCGUGGGUGUGGAACACACUAGCAGAUUAUGCUGACGAAAGCCCCAAACCUGAACUCCUGGCAGUCCGCUUUUUAAAUGCAGAAAAUGCUCAGAAGUUCAGGGCAAAGUUUGAUGAGUGCAAGGAGGAAGUGAGAAAACAUCAGGAGGGAACAGGCAACACUGAUAGCGCAAACAAAGUGGCUGAGAAGCUGGAGGAACUCUGUGUCAAAGACAAGGCCUCAGAAGAAAAGAAAGAGGACACAAAGGAGACUGAGAAGAAAGAAGAUGAGAAAAAGGAGGUGAAGGCAGAUGAGAAGAAUUGAGAACCAAGAACUUGCUUUGCUGAUCUUCAAUUUAUCAGUUUUUCCUCUUUUUCUACAAUAGACUCUAAACGAACUGAAUUUGGACACUUGCAUAUUAUUAGGUUUUUUUUAUUAUCUGUUUUGCCUCAAGAUCACAAGUCCUUGAUGCCACUGGGGAGGAAUCAAUACAAGAUAGUGAAUUUAUCAAAUAAAGCUUUUUCCAUCCCACCCCUCCCUCUCUGCACCAUGGAACACCACACUUUCCAUCAUUGUCAUUAACAGAUCGAUGUUAACUUUGACAAACUGUGAACAGAGGCUUGUGAUAGUGAUAAUUCCCACAUUGGGGUAACUUUUUGUUUUGUUAUUCUGAAGCAGAGUUUGUUUGUAGGGGGAGAGGAUAAUGUAGCCUGCUUGUCAGCAGCACUGGGUCAGGGACCAGGCAUUAGUGAGGUGCGUGUUCACUCUAAAAUACCAUUAUGCACCCUGUCCACUGUCCAUGCUUCCACUGAUUGAAACAGCAAGCAAGGUGGCAAACUUUCAGUGGAUGCCUUGUAGAAAUAGUUCCUUGGUUUCUCCUUUUUUUGGUUCCGUAGGGAGCUGACUGGAGGAGGGAUCCACUCCAAACAGUUGAGGGCCAUCAGAAUCAUGCUGCACAUGGCAGUCUCCACUGAUAGCUGGCUGAUAGGAGAUCAGAUGCACUUAGCUAAGCAUUUCUUUUUCUUUUAUUUUAAAUAUCUGAAAUCAUUGAGUCCAAAGUUAACGGUUCAGCAGAGUUUGAAGCAGCUACGCUGUGACUUGAGUUCCUCAUCAGGAGAUAAAGUUUCUUUACACCCUAACAUUCCCAGACUUAAAGCAUGUAGAGUAUAUGUAACAGAGUGUGCCCUAUCUGAUCUGUGUGCUCACCACCCUAUCCUUUUCUUUCCACUAAUUGAGUUCUUAACCUUGCCUCUAAAGCGCAUCUAAGUGCCAGUGCAUCUGUAAAUACAUGUAUAUGGAUGAAAUGUUACUUUUCAUUUGCACUCAAAUGAUUUGAAAUGUUUCCUCCACCUUCGAAUAAAAGCUGUCAAAGACCA